AUGCAGACGACACAAGAGAUGGUCCGGCGGGCCUGCACGGGCAUCGAAGCCGUCUCACUGGCCGUCAAUGUUUUCAUCCUCGGCACGAGCUUAUGGGUUCGGACAGUCCCAACGGCGAAGCACCAUACGCAACGGGUGUCCUACACCAUCAUUAUGUGGGCAGUAGCGAUGCAAAUGGGGUACGAUAUAGAUCGCCUCAUACUAUAUUCUGGCGACGAUAGCCGCUUCAAUGUCCGCCCCGCCUCCUGCGCGACUGGGAUGUACUUCUUCCUCUCCCAACUUCAUAUUACCAAUUUUUUGAUCACAUGUAUUGCCGUCAACCUGAUGCUCAUCGUGUGCUUCGGAGUCAACCCCAUCGAGAAGAGUGAGUACCACUCUGGCCACACUGUAGGCCUCUCCUUACGCUUCGCAGAGCUACUGAGGUGGUAUGUUGGGGUAUCUAUCGCUCUAGGCGCCUUCAUCCCUAUUAUCCCAGCCGCUUUGGGUCACUUCGGUCCGGACCCGCUUUAUCGUCUAUGCUACCUCACACCUCUGGAACCGACCGAGCGAAUGAGGGUGGUCGUACUGGAUGUGGUAUUAUGGGAACUGCUCGCCAUUGUGGUCGCCAGCCUGUCAAUGAUCGCCGUGCUCAUCACAUUGUUCCGGUCCGGCCGCUCUACCGCGCGAGCCCUCAUCCGAGGCAAUCCCAUGAACGCCCAACUCAGUACCUCGUCCGGAUCUGCCCCCAGCGGCAAGAGCGUGCGGCGCGGAUCCAGCUCAACGUGGCGAAGCCUGGGCGUCUGCUUUGGUCGAUCCCGCAAGGAAGAGACAGAGAGUGGGCUGCAGCCGCUGCAGUCGAUGCACACGCUUCAAGACCAGUUCUUGGGCAUCGCGCUCAAGAUCAGCCUCUAUCCCAUCUUCCUCAUCAUCGCCAACGUCAUCAUCUCUGUUGCCGAUCUCUACUUCAACUAUACACUCCGGAACGGCGUGACCUCAGUAGCGUUCUUGGCUGUGUAUCAGAUCCUCUACGCAGGGCGGGGAUUCUGCUUUGCAAUCCUGUGCAUCUUUGUCGACCCCUCAUUCCAAGCAGGUGUCAAAGCCGCCUGGUAUGCUCAGCGCGACGAGCGGAUGCACGCGCUUGGGCGACCACCAAUGGCCGUCCUCGGCGGAGCUGUCCCGGACCACAUGUCGUUCGGCCAAUUCCUCAGCUCGGUGCCUGAAACAUCCAGCGAUGCGCUCAAUCCACCCGCAGACGGUAGCCGGCGCGGAUCCGCAGCGACCGUCGAUCUCUCCUCCGCUCUGGCCUCUCUACCCUACACCGCCGAGCACGGCGUGCCUCCACUCGACACACCCCCAGAUGAGUCCGUCUCGGCCUACCUCCGGAUGCCUAAAUCUCCCACACGGUCCCAGCACUUCACACGGUCUUUUGCCGGCGUAACGAGCGGAUCGCUCCCCACUGGCCUAUCGGACGACGUGGACGUGGAUCUCAGAUUGUCGUACGCCCCCUCGCCGACGCGGUCUACGUUCUCGCCCACAAGGUCGACGUUCUCGCCGACGAGGUCUACCUUCUCGCGGGAUACUGGGCCCCUGGCGGAAGGCGUGAGCGAGCUGGACGAGAGCAUGCUGGAUGAGAAGACGGAUGCGGAGGUGGCGACCGAGGCGGCGACCGAGGCGGAGGUGCAGGCACAGGGACACGCAGCGCAUGCUCUUUUGCAGGCAAGGCGGUCCAGUGAGAUGCUGCAACCUGGGAGGAGGGGGGAAGUACGGGCUAGCGCGGAGGUACGGCCAGCGAGACACAGGGAGGGCUGGUCAUCGGGCGUCGAUGCGAAGAGGCGGUUUGAAGAGCUCGGCAGACAAUUGUAA